CAGCGCCCGGCGCAGGCGCGUUGGCGGCCUGACGGACGGCGGGGCGGACGCCAGCGGGGCAGCAAGAUGGCGGCCUUCUCCGAAAUGGGUGUUAUGCCAGAGAUAGCUCAAGCUGUGGAGGAAAUGGACUGGCUCCUCCCCACCGACAUCCAGGCCGAGUCCAUCCCGUUGAUUCUAGGAGGAGGUGAUGUGCUCAUGGCCGCAGAAACUGGGAGUGGAAAGACUGGUGCUUUCAGCAUUCCAGUUAUCCAGAUAGUUUACGAAACACUCAAAGACCAGCAAGAAGGCAAAAAGGGAAAAGCAACCAUCAAGACUGGUGGUUCAGUGCUUAACAAAUGGCAGAUGAACCCAUAUGAUAGAGGAUCUGCUUUUGCAAUUGGGUCUGAUGGUCUUUGUUGUCAGAGCAGAGAAAUGAAGGAAUGGCAUGGCUGUAGAUCUACCAAAGGCGUAAUGAAAGGAAAACAUUACUACGAAGUAUCCUGCCAUGAUCAAGGAUUAUGUCGCGUCGGCUGGUCCACUCUGCAGGCUUCCUUAGACUUGGGUACCGACAAGUUUGGAUUUGGCUUCGGGGGAACUGGAAAGAAAUCGCACAAUAAGCAGUUUGAUAAUUAUGGAGAGGAAUUCACAAUGCAUGACACGAUUGGAUGCUACCUAGAUGUCGACAAAGGACAGGUUAAGUUCUCUAAAAAUGGAAAAGACCUUGGCCUGGCGUUUGAAAUACCACCGCAUAUGAAGAACCAAGCCAUCUUUGCCGCCUGUGUUUUGAAGAAUGCUGAACUAAAGUUUAACUUUGGUGAAGAAGAGUUCAAAUUUCCACCUAAAGAUGGUUAUGUCGGUCUUUCCAAGGCUCCAGAGGGUCACGUUGUAAAAUCCCAGCAUUCAGGGAGUGCACAGGUGGCUCAAACAAAAUUUCUUCCCAACGCUCCUAAAGCUCUCAUCAUUGAACCUUCUAGAGAGUUGGCGGAACAAACCCUGAACAACGUUAAACAGUUUAAGAAAUAUGUCGAUAAUCCCAAAUUAAGGGAGCUUUUGAUCAUCGGGGGUGUUGCCGCAAGGGAUCAGCUUUCUGUUCUGGAGCAUGGGGUGGAUAUCGUUGUUGGAACUCCCGGACGGUUAGAUGAUUUGGUGUCAACCGGAAAACUUAAUUUGUCUCAAGUUAGAUUCUUGGUCCUGGAUGAAGCAGAUGGACUUCUUUCCCAAGGCUACUCUGACUUUAUAAACAGGAUGCACGGUCAGAUUCCUCAGAUAACUUCCGAUGGGAAGAGACUCCAGGUAAUUGUUUGCUCCGCCACGCUGCAUUCUUUUGAUGUCAAGAAGCUGUCGGAGAAAAUCAUGCAUUUUCCCACCUGGGUGGACCUGAAAGGGGAAGACUCUGUUCCCGAGACCGUGCACCACGUCGUUGUUCCUGUAAAUCCCAAAAAUGACAGACAGUGGGAGAGGCUUGGCAAAAAUCACAUUCGAACUGAUGAAGUCCACGCCAAAGAUAACACGAGGCCUGGUGCUAAUAGCUCAGAGAUGUGGUCUGAAGCUAUCAAAAUCUUGAAGGGAGAAUAUACUGUCCGGGCAAUCAAGGAGCACAAGAUGGAUCAAGCAAUUAUCUUCUGUAGAACUAAAAUAGACUGCGAUAAUAUGGAGCAGUAUUUCAUGCAACAAGGAGGAGGACCUGAUAAAAAGGGACACCAGUUCUCGUGUGUUUGCCUGCAUGGUGAUAGAAAGCCUCAUGAGAGAAAACAAAACUUGGAAAGAUUUAAGAAAGGAGAUGUGAGAUUCUUGAUCUGCACAGAUGUAGCUGCCAGGGGAAUUGAUAUCCAUGGUGUUCCUUAUGUUAUCAACGUCACUCUCCCGGAUGAGAAACAAAACUACGUUCACAGGAUCGGUAGAGUUGGAAGAGCUGAGAGAAUGGGCCUGGCCGUUUCCCUCGUUGCAACGGAAAAAGAGAAGGUUUGGUACCAUGUCUGUAACAGCCGUGGAAAAGGAUGCUAUAACACGAGGCUCAAGGAAGAUGGUGGUUGUACCAUCUGGUAUAAUGAGAUGCAGCUGCUGUCCGAGAUAGAAGAGCAUCUUAACUGUACCAUUUCCCAGGUUGAGCCAGAUAUAAAAGUUCCAGUGGAUGAAUUUGAUGGGAAAGUUACUUAUGGCCAAAAGAGGGCUGCCGGAGGUGGCAAUUAUAAAGGCCAUGUGGAUAUUUUGGCACCGACAGUGCAAGAGUUGGCUGCCCUUGAAAAGGAGGCCCAGACCUCUUUCCUGCAUCUUGGCUACCUUCCUAACCAGCUGUUCCGAACCUUCUGAUUGUAACGUACGGCAGCGAACGACUCAGCCUCCAGCCGCCUUUGAACAGCCGCCUUCCUCCAAAAAGUAGAAUUUACAGAAACUUGGAAGUGCCGUUAACCUUUUUGCAUGAUAAGGAUGACUAGUUUAAGAAUUCGCUGUUCAGUGUCACUAAUAAAAAGAAGCAACCAAAU